CAAAAAUCAAAACAUUUCUAGUAGCCCCCCAGCAAGGAGAAACUUUCUGUGUCACCAUGGCUCGUUGUGGACCUAGUUGCCGUCUUCUCGUCCUGCUCCUAGCCUUGACAGCCUUCAAUGGCAGUUUCGCAGCACGCCAUCUUUUGGACACAGCAGCUGCACCAGAGGCUGCACCGGCUCAGCCAUCCACACCAGCGAUUCCAACCACACUGCCCCCAGUUCCUUCCAUACCAGCAGUUCCAACCACACUGCCUCCAAUUCCUUCCAUUCCAGCGGUCCCAAAGGUGGCAAUCCCACCAAUUCCAUCCAUUCCCAUUCCAAAGGUCGCCCUGCCACCAGCAGCCUCUGGCACAAUCCCAUCUCUACCAAACCCUGUGAUUCCGACCACCGUGUCAACCAUUCCUGCAGUGCCGGUUACAUUGCCACCAAUUCCCUCAAUUCCCACUACUGUGCCAUCAAUUCCAACCACGAUGCCAACAACAAUCCCUACCAUUCCCGGGCUCCAGAUGCCACCGAUUCCAUUCACCACCCCACCCCCACAAACCGCCAGCCCUUGAAGUUUAUGGUAGCAGGAGACUUCUAUUUAUUACUGUUAGUCAGGAAUUUGAUUUGUCAUAUGUGAUCACUAUCAGUGUAUUUGUCAUGUUUGUUCUGCUAUUUGGAUGAUACUGGCUACCAUUUUGUGUGAUUGUGAAUGCAGCCAGUCGACUGUACUGAGUAUUGUACCAUAUUGUCUUCUGUUAAUAAAGUAUUACUUUUUUUUUUUUA